AUGGCAGACGUUGACAUGGACGGCGGCGUCGCCUUGGACGUUACUUCGCCCACGCAAUCACAGCUCGCCGACGAGAUCAACGGAGGCGCCAUGGACGUCGUGUCUCCAGCUUUCAAUGGCGCAGCAUCCGUCGCCGACUCCACCGUCUCAAGCCGACUUCCGGUCACCGUCAACAAGCCCACGCCUUUUACCUUUGACCUGGGAAAUCUGCUCGCAAACGACCCAAACCCUGUGCCUGCUGGCGCCGAUGAAGAGACGCUCGCAGCCACUGCCCGCGAUGCCGCCCAAGCACUCGUCAACCAGCUCCUAUCUACCUGCCAGGUCAAGUCAACCACCGAGGGCGUCCACCUCCUACUGCCUGCACCUACCACGCCUCUACCCCGCGAGAAGCCUAUUCCCGCCGCCAAGGAGCCCACAAAGUGGGAGAAGUUCGCUGCCAAGAAGGGAAUCAAGAAACAGAAGCGUGACAGCAACUUGGUCUAUGAUGAGACAAAGGGCGAAUGGGUACCCAAGUGGGGCUACAAGGGCAAGAACAAGGAUGGUGAAAACGAUUGGCUGGUCGAAGUUGAUGAGAAGAAGGAGCAGGCUACGGGCGAGGCUCACGACAAGAGGGCAGACAGCCGCAAGGAGCGCAAGGAGAGGAUUCGCAGGAACGAGAGGAAGCAGCGCGCAAACGAGAUCAAGGCUCGAAAGACUGGUGUGUGAGCUCAAACGCUUCGACCUUGCAUGAGCUUGCAGAUGCCCAUGAAGGUUUCUUCUCCUACGAUUUGCAUUGGGCGGCGUUUCGUCACGACAUUUGAUCCCGUUUUACAGAGCCUGGGUGAACCAAAAUCAGCUCAAGCCUAUGUACCUUCUUUUUCCAACAUGCCGCUCGCGCACACUAUACGAUGGUGUUUUUAGGUUCGGGAAAAAAGUCAAUCAAUCAAAUAUUUUUAUUUGUUU